GAAAAUCCUUUCCUCUCCAAUAUUAUUUCUUAGUUAAUAUGCUCUAUUUCAACAUGGUAUCAGAGCCUUUCAUUUCAAUUUAGUUUUUCAGAUUUCAAUUUAGUUUUUCACACUCGGUUCUUUCUCAAAGAACUUGAGUUCAGUUCAGAACCUCUUGAGUUCAGUUCAGAACCUCUGUGCACCAUUCUGUCUACAAGAAACUCAACCUAGUCAGAACUUCUUUACACAGAAUCUCUAUUCAGAAGCUUAGUUCAAUCUCAGAACCUCCGAUUAUUCCCAGAACCUCUUCCCAGAAGCUUUUGCCAGAACCUUCAAUCUCAGAAGCAACUGGGUAUCCGACAACCCUGUUCAACCUCCCUCAUCCUCUGGUUCUCCUGCCACUGUCGACCGAACACCCAAAGUCCGCACUCCAAAAUCAUUGCGCGUGAGUGACACGCGCCGCCGGAAGAUUCCGCAGCCAACUCACGCGCCGGCACGUGACGCCGUGUUUAUGGCCGGAAUCUGAUCGGAACUCUUCGUCUGAAACUCGCCUGAAAGUCCUCUGCCAGGUAUACUUUACUUCUCUCGUUCUUUGUCCAGCAAGGGACGGGAUCUGUGGGCCGGAGGAAGCUUCGUGGUUGGUCGCUAGUGUCUGGCAUCGGAUACUGUGGACGCCCCAGGUGGGUUGGUCGCUGCCUCGCUGGUGUCUAGCAUCGGAUAUGUGUGGACACCCCUUGAACUGCUACCGAUAUGUCAGCGCAUCAAUUUUAAAAGUUGAGUAGUUUUUUUCCCUCCAAAUUCUCUUCUCCAAAUUUUGAGCCCACAAACGGGGAAAGGCUGCUGUAGCUUAUGGCAGUAUCUCAAUUUUGAACUUACUACUGCAAAAAAAAAAAAAAAAAAAAAAAAAAGAAUGUUGUGUACCAGUCAGUUUGGCAGAGAAAAAAGAUGCAAUUACUGCAAGAAGCCUGGACACUUGCUCAAAGAAUGUAAAAAGUUGCUGUUCAAAAAUCAAGGAAAUCAGCUUGCUCAUGUUGCUUCCGCUAUGAGUUCAUUUGAUGGAUCAAUUGCUAUUUCUUCAGACGAGUAUGCUAAAUUUAUUUGCUACCAAGAAUCUCUAAAGCAUUCAUCUACCCCUAUCUCGGUAGUCGCAAAUUCAGGAUCUGUUAACGAAGCAUACUAUUGGUCAAGGACAUGAGUCGGGUGGUCUUUAUAUUUUGGAUACAUCAAUUACAAAAGGUAUCUCUUGCCUUGGGUUGGAAAUCUAUUAGAAGCUCAUUACCGAUUAGGACAUCCAUCUCUCUCACUAAUGAAGCAAUUAUAUCCUCAGUUUAAUAAGGUGUCUUCUAUACAAUGUGAGUUGUGUGAGUUUGCUAAACAUCAUCGCACUAGUUUAAGUCCCCGACUUAAUAAACGAGCAAAUGCUCCGUUUGAUCUUGUCCAUACUGAUGUUUGGGGGGCAUAUCCAGUUGUGUCCAAACCUGGUUUCAAAUAUUUUGUCACUUUUGUUGACGAUUAUUCUCGUAUGACAUGGGUGUAUUUUAUGAAGCGCCGAUCCGAGUUAUUUACUCAUUUCUCUGCAUUUUGUGCUGAAAUUAAAACUCAAUUUAAUGUUCCUGUUCGUGUGUUAAGGGGAGACAAUGCCCAAGAAUAUUUAUCUGCUCCAUUUAAAUCUUUUAUGCUUCAACAUGGCAUUAUUCAUCAAACUUCAUGCGUAGACACACCUCCUCAAAACGGAGUUGCUGAAAGAAAGAAUCGACAUAUGUUAGAAACUGCAAGGGCUCUUCUAUUCCAAAUGAAUGUGCCUAAACAGUUUUGGGCUGACGCUGUGUCUACUUCAUGUUUUUUGAUCAAUCGUAUGCCAUCUUCUGUUUUGGAUGGUAAAACUCCUUAUCAAUGUCUUUUUCCAAAUAAAGAACUUUUUCCUAUUCCACCUAAAAUAUUUGGUUGCACUUGUUUUGUUAGAGAUGUUAACCCUCAUCGGACGAAAUUGGACCCCAAGUCAUUGAAAUGUAUUUUCUUGGGUUAUUCUCGAGUUCAAAAGGGGUAUAGAUGUUUUUGUCCAAGUACAGGUCGAUAUCUUAUUUCUAUUGAUGUCUCAUUUCAUGCAAAUACACCAUUUCCAUCAUCCAAGACAGAUAUUCAUGAGGACAACGAUGAAAUACUCAUUUACACAGUUACUAUACCUGAGACCACACCUUCAGUAACUAUGUCGAAUGUCACUGUUCCUGACCCUAGACCUCCUGUACACUUGGUUUACACCCGUCGACACAAAGCACAAGAUCACUCCCCACCUGUGACACCUGUGAUUACAUAUCCUGAUACUGGUCCGACUUCGAUCUCAUGUCCUGAACCAGUACCUGCAUCUUCAGAUCUUGUCUCUACAUCUGAUCUUGACCUCCCGAUAGCACUACGUAAAGGUACAUGGUCUUGUACUCAUCCUAUUUCCUCAUUUGUGUCAUACAGUCAGUUAUCUCCUGCCUCAUGUUCUUUUGUUGCUUCCAUUGAUUCUAUUUCUGUUCCCAAAUCUGUUAAAGAAGCUUUGUCUCAGCCCGAAUGGCGUCAUGCCAUGGUAGAGGAAAUGAAUGCUUUGGAUCUUAAUGGUACUUGGGAUUUGGUAUACUUGCCUUCAGGGAAGAAGUCUAUUGGAUGUAAGUGGGUCUUUGCUGUUAAGGUUAAUCCAGAUGGAUCUGUUGCUCGAUUGAAAGCUCGAUUGGUUGCAAAGGGUUAUGCUCAAACCUAUGGUGUUGAUUAUUCUGACACUUUUUCUCCUGUUGCUAAAUUAACAUCUGUCAGGUUACUUAUCUCACUCGCUGCAACUCAUGAUUGGCACUUACACCAGUUGGACAUUAAAAAUGCAUUCUUACAUGGUGACCUUCAGGAGGAAGUUUAUAUGGAGCAACCUCCGGGAUUUGUUGCUCAGGGGGAGUAUGGGAAAGUUUGUCGACUUCGCAAAUCUCUUUAUGGUCUGAAACAGAGUCCUCGUGCAUGGUUUGGGAAAUUCAGUCAAUCCAUUGAACGGUUUGGAAUGAUAAAAGGUCAAUCAGAUCACUCUGUCUUUUACAGAAAAACGAAAGCAGGUAUCACAUUGCUUGUGGUGUAUGUCGAUGAUAUUGUGAUUACAGGAAGUGAUACCGCAGGUAUUUUGGCCCUUAAGAAUUUUCUUCAUAGCCAAUUCCAAACAAAAGACCUAGGCUCAUUGAAAUACUUUCUGGGUAUUGAGGUAACACGGAGUAAGAAAGGCAUAUUUCUAUCUCAGCGUAAAUAUGUACUUGAUUUACUAACUGAAACAGGGAAAUUGGGAGCAAAGCCAAACACAACUCCCAUGGUUCCCAAUGUGCAACUCACUUCAGAAGGCAUACCAUUCGAAGACCCAGAAAGGUACAGAAGAUUGGUUGGAAAGCUUAACUAUCUCGCAGUCACUCGCCCAGACAUUGCUUACUCUGUGAGCGUAGUGAGUCAAUAUAUGUCAUCUCCGACAGUUGAUCAUUGGAAUGCAGUAGAGCAUAUAUUAUGUUACUUGAAG